AGACAACCCUGUCUACUUGCUCUUGUCGCAAGCGACUUGCGCGGGGAAAAACCGCCAGCACGCACAGUUCAGAAAAACAGUUCGGUGUUGUACUUGUGAAAGAUCUUUCAUCUUCUUGUGCUCGAAACUUCUACCUAGAAAUUUACGAAUUCCACCUUGAGCUUCUUGAUUACACCAUAAUUCUUGUAAAAGUAUAAGUAGAAAACAAGAAAUGCCACCGGUGAAAGAGUGCAUCACGGUCCACCUGGGCCAGGCAGGUUGCCAGGUCGGUCUGCAGGUAUGGGAGCUGAUGUGCGAGGAGCACGGCAUCCUCCCCGAUGGUACCCGGGACGAGAUUAUGCACUGCAAAUAUGUCUGGGUCUGGAAGGUUGGAACUUGUCAUGCUAAAUGUGAAUCAUGGGAAAGAUUUGUGUUGCAUGAUUACCAAAAGCUGUCCACGUGUGACCUAAUCUUCGAGAUGCAAUUUCUCAUGCAGAAUAGGCAUCGUAGAACUCUCACAGAAUCUCUCAUGCUAUGUCCUACAUACCAGACCUCAUGGGUCAUGGAAAACCUGCAUGACAAGUCUGGCAUUCUUCCAGACCCAGACAUAUUUGCAGUUGAUAGAGAUUCACGGCGAAUCGCUCCCCGAUGACCCGCUCAACUCCUUUUUCGCCGAAACCGCUAUCACACGGAAAAAAGGGUCAUAUUUGUAAUGCAAGAAUAAAUACACGAAAAAGUCUGUGUUGCGCAUGAUCCACAACAGCAUGGCGUGGGGCAUGCUUCUGUGUAUUUAUUUUGGCAUUACAAAUUUUUCUCUGGGAUGACCGCCGCUGGCCAGCAUGUGCCCCGCGCGGUGUUCAUGGAUACCGACCCCGCAACCAGGAUCGAUUUAUUGAAUGCCUCGCACGGGAAAACCUUCCACCCAGAUUCGCUCCUGGCGUACAAACAGGACUGCCGGUCUAUGAAUUGCAAUAGUUGCAUCGUGGUGCUAGUAGUAAGUGCAUUACAAAUUAGCUCGGCAUGACAAAUGAUGGAAUUUGCCAUUCGGAUUUACCCUGAGAACGAGAUUCGUAAUGCAUGACUGCGACUAUUAGUACUACGCGUUUGCUCACCAUACGGUCCAACUUUUUUGAAGGGCGGUCCGCUUCGAACCAAUACAAAAUCAAGGAGUCGGUGAUGGAUGCCGUGCGAAAGGAGGUGGACAAGUGUCAGUCGUUACAGGGGUUUUUUGUCUUCCACUCCUUCGGCGGCGGGACCGGGACCGGUGUCGGCGUGGAAGUGCUCGACACCCUCCGUUAUGGAAUACAAAUUCAUUCCGGUACAUGUGCAAACUGCAUGACAAAUUUCUCUAGCUUGGAGUGAUGUCAACAAACUUGUCAUGCUGACUAAGCUCGAAGGCCGCGGCAAGUUUUGUCACACAGAAGCAGCAUUUGGACGUCACGUGUACGGGAACAAUAGAUUUCCUCUCAAUACCCGGGCGCAGUUCGCGAAAAAGGUGAUCAUGCAACCGCUCGUCUACCCCUCGCAGGACUACGUGUCCUCGGUCGUCGAGCCCUACAACUGCAUGUUCGCAACGGCCUACACCCGGGAGAACGUCGACCUGGCGAUGGUGUUGGAUAACCAAGCCGCCUACCGCAUGUGCCGGGAGAACUUGAAGGUGAAGCACCCGACGUUUUUGCAUUUGAACCGAAUUUAUGCAUUGCAAAAAUUUAGCAAAAUUAUCGUACUAGUAGCAAUUGCAUCACAAAUUAGCUCAGCAUGAGAAAUGGGGUUUGUCAUGCUGUUUCGCCUCGGUAUAGCAAUGGAGAUUUGUGAUGCAUGAUUGCGACUACUACGUAAGUGCGAUGCUUUUGCGUUGCAUAUGAUUAUCGCCCAGAUGGUGUCUGCCGCGACCACCUCGCUGCGGUUCGCCACCCAGUUGAACGCGAGUCUGGACGAAGUGGUCACGAAUAUGGUUCCCGAGGUGAAGUUCCGCUAUCCGAUUUUGUCCUUAUCGCCGGUGUAUCCUGUGGAAAAGUAUCAUACUCGUAUUGCAAUCAUGCAUUGCAAAUCUUUUUCUUAAGGUAAAUCAGCAUUACAAAUGUCAUUUCUCAUGCUGAGGAAAUUUGUAAUGCAUUUGUACGAGUGCGAUACUUUUGCGAUGCAUACGGUGCGCCACCCGUCCCGGGCAAAGCACGAGAAUUUCACGACGCGGGAAUUGAUCACGGACCUGUUCGAGGAAAAGAACUUCCUCGCGGAUAUCGGGCCGGGGAAAUUGAAACAGAACCGGUACUUGGCGUGCUCGAUUUUGAUGCGCGGGUUCGACCGAUUGAAGAAGGAAGAUUUGCAGGACCACUUAACCGAGGUGAUUGGCGACGGGAGCGAGGAUGCGGAAGGAUACGUAAGAGAAUUUGUCUUUAUGAAGUUUUUGUAGCAUGACAGAUUGUUCAUGUAGUUCGUGCUGUCAUACAAGACAUCUUCUUCAUGCGUGCAGCAUUAUAUUUCUACAUGCAGAAGAUGACAAAUAUGAAUAUCAGAUCCACCUGGCUAUUCAACCGUUGGAGUGCACGGCUGCGAUUCAGGAGCUCAUGAACCCCAGCGGUGGGCACCGGGAGGGCUUGAAAUUUCUGCCGUGGUUGGGACAUGGUGGCUUCAAAAUCGGAGCAGUUGCGGAGCCCCCACACGUGCCGGAAGGUCCUUCUACUUACUCAUCAUGUUGUUGUAUCAGCAUGACAGAAUGAAUCACUAUUACUUACACACACUUCAAAUGAUGCGCAUGACAAAUGACAUGAUGAAAAUAUUGAACCUACAUCCUACUCGCAGAAGGUUUCAUGGCGAAAUCCGAUCGUCAGGGCGCUUUACUCGCGAACACCACCGCGGUGAGGACACCGAGUCCCCGCGCUGACCUAGGGCUUUUGCCCCUGGGCCGUACGGUGUCCGGGAAGCGCCCAAAUCUGGCCCCCAGGUCAUGACGCGGGGACCGGGUCCCCGCGCUGACCGAGGGCGCCUUUCGUCCCUGGGCCUUGCCAACGGGGCCCGGGAAGCUCGACAGGGUGGCGGCUCGCGUGACAAACUGGAGCCCGCCAUUGCACAUCUCGCGUGGCGAGGUCCCAAAGUGUGUCCGGGGUGUGUCCGAAAGUCUGCCCGGGGUGUGUCGGAAAGUCUGCCCGGGGUGUGUCUGGGGUAUGUUCGGACUUUUUGCCUGGGGUGUGUUCGGGGGUCUGUCUGGGGUGUGUCUGGGGUAUGUUUAUACCCCGCCUGUUGCUUUUUCGCCAAAAAAUUGUAAUCCGCCCGUGAUUGACGGCCAUUUGCAUACCCCUGACACACCCCCGAACAUACCCCCGAACAUACCCCUCGCCUGCAUUUUUGACCAGCUGCUGCAGUUUAGAUAGUAAUGUUGACAUGACGAAAAUACUCAAUCUACUGCCCACUCGCAGGCUUCAUGGCGAAAUCCGAUCGUCAGGGCGCUUUACUCGCGAACACCACCGCUUAUUUUUAGGGCGUUCUCUCCCUGUGUUGUUUAGAUAGCUGAUUUCACUUCGCCUGGCAAACUACCAACCAUUCCCAGACUCCCCGCCCAUAGUCUGGCAAAUUGAAACCAUUCCCAGGCGCGGGGCUCCAAAGGCUCCGAGAUUCUUUGCUUUGUGUCUCCCCUGGUUGUUGUUCCAGCGUGCCGCGGUUUUGUGUAGUUGUUCUACCUCACCCGAUCAAGCUGUGCGCUUGGCGAGCGCUGUUGGUUCGUUGUUGUUUGUGUCCCGUUUUCCCCGUUUAUUGCCGCCCGAAUAGUAUGACUCCACCUACAUGAGUAACACACUAUCACUAUGAGUGCUCAACUCCCGGCGGUCGCGGAGCGACCGCCCGUGCUAGAUAUCACUAUGAGUGCUCAGUGAUGUCGCCUCCCAGUUGCUGCCGUGCCUCCGAGCAGAUUGGCCGACUUUCGACGCAGUGAAGUUUGGUGAGAGGAUCAUACGAAGCGCUGCGCUUUUCUCUUCUUUGGGUUUUUUUUGCUAGCCCUGUACAUCUACAAGCACAGACACAGUGGCGCGUCCUAUAAUCGCCUCUGAUUUUGAUUUACUCCUGUUUCUCUGUUGUGACUUACAUUCGCUUUCCCAUAGAAUUUUGUCUCUUCAAUAGUUAUAGUAUCCUUGUAAGUUUCUUUGCUAGCUCCUUUCUUGUACUUGUAGCGGUGUGAAUUUGGAACUGCAGCCCACGUACAAUACUUAUUCGCUAGCGUUUGUUAUCCCAAUUAACGGCUCCAGUUGGCGCUGCGCCACCUGUGCUGCAUAGCUGGGCCGCAUAUGCUAAAGCAGCUAGGCUUAGGACUUAGGUUCCCCGCGUCCUGUGGUUUUCUUCGCUUCUGUCCUCGUGUUGUCGUGUGUGAAGUUUCGUCGCGUCGUCGCCGCUCGGUUGUUUCUCACAUCGUGUGCGCCCGGAGGACCCCCCACCCGGACUCCCGGCAGCUCGGUUGCCACCUGGGCGUAAACAGUGCUCCUGUUACUGCUCUCGGUCUGCAGUGCCAAAAGGCCGGGGAUUCUACCUAGUCCACGGUCUGGGGAGUUUUUUUGGAGUGAUCACCACAUCAUAUAUCCGCCUCCCCUCACUGUUUCUGGACCGGGUCCGGCGGGGACUCCAGAACCUGGCCUUGUCCUGGAACUGAGUUGAGCAUUGCUCUUGCGAUCUUCACUUCACUUCACUUCACUUCAGGUUUCAUGGCGAAAUCCGAUCGUCAGGGCGCUUUACUCGCGAACACCACCGCGGUGUAUCCUGAGUAAAAACGUACCCACACCAGAGUCAGGAUGAGGAUUUUGCAACACAAACCUAGGAGUUUUGUGAGUCACGCAUGACAAGUUGCGCUAUGCAGUGUAGUGCAGGUUAGCAAGUGCAGCCGCAUCACAGAUUCAUCUGCUCAUCCUGUUCACAGCAUCACAAAUUCCAAAACACGAUUGGAAAUGGCUCUCAUGGGGGGUGCGCGUCACAAGUCUUUUUGUCUUUGCAAAUCUGCAUUACAGCUCUGGUGUGGGGACGUUUUUACUCAGGAUACGGCGAGGACACUGUUUAUGCGCACGUACCAAAAAUUUCUGAAGCUCUUCUACCACAAGGCCUACGUGUGGCAGUUCCUGGAGGCAAACGGCGAAUUGGAAAUGUUCUUCGAGGCCAAGGAGCGCAUGCACGACAUGAUCGCAUAUGCAAUACAAAUUUCCCGUACAUGUACAAGAUGCAUCACAAACUACACCAAUUUGGAGUGUAAAACUUGUCAUGCUAAACUAGGAUCGAAGCCAAGUUUUGUCAUGCAGAAACCGCAAUUGUACGUGUACAGGAAAUUUACUGUCGAUAUCGCAGAAUACGAGGACAUUCUCUACCGCACGUGCGAGCAGGAGCGAGUAUCAAAGGCAAAAAUGUCUCCUGGGUCUGGAAGAUGAAUACGAGAUUUGUAUUGCUGAACUCUUAUGCCCCUAGACUCUGUGAUGCAUGUUGUUGGAUAGCGUCAACCUCCUUCUGUAAUGCAAAAACGCGAUUUCUCAUAACCACUCAGAAAUUUCUGAUGCGUAGCUGCGUGUUGGAGUCUGUUUGCGACGCAUGUGUCAGCAUCACAAAGUUCCAGACCUGGACAUUUUUGCAUUUGAUAGCGGGUGACGGACAACAAUUUAACCCUGGUCGGCGCGCGACCCGGUGGCCCAGGUGCCGGACCAGCAGGGGAGGCCGCGGCGGGAGCAUAGAGGCCGCGGGAGGUUUUUGUUUGUUAUAGUGGUGAUACAACCGACGAUCGCGAUGCAGCUCAGGUUGUACUAGAUUCAAAAUUGAAUGCGAUCGAUUCAAAGAAUGCGAAGCUACUUGUGCCCCCUAUGUGGUUCUCCUGGUUAUUUCAAGAAGAGAUUAUAAGUCGACACAAUGACAACGUCGUUUUUUUGAAAUUGAAAAAACACAGGGCACAGUAGACAACCUUUUUGGUAACAAGAAACAACCUGAAAUAAACCAAUAUGGCAUUUGGAAUUCCCAGAUGAUCACACGGUGACCCAACAAAGCUCAAGGGAAUACUAAUUUUCAUCGUUGCUACUACAUUACAACCCGAAAUCAAGGAUUCUAGGACAUUGUCACAGCAACAUCGAUUGACAACUACAAGUACCGAUGGCUACUAUUACAUUUUGCGAAAAGAUCAUAAACGACACUACGACUUCCUAUUGUAUCUACUUUUGAAUCAAGCUUGUUUUGUAGAAGCUUAGAACACGGCGAUACCGAUAGCGAAUGAUAAUGAAUUUUAUUACAGUGCUAGCAAGCGUUUUACGACUAUGGUCAAAGUGCCACACUUUUACAAAGAAAUCGUCUGCAU